CAGAAACUUUCUGGAUAGUUCUGUAUUCUGAGAUGGACAAUCGGCUGGCAGUCGUAACUAAUGUUGCAAACUAGUUGAUCCACUGGUUUUCCAACAUGCAAGAUGAAUCAGGAGCAUUGUUCAGUGGUAUAUACAAGCACCAACCUCAGCUGAAGGGCAACUUUCAAUUUCUCAGUGGUAAUCAUGGGGACAGCCUCUUCACUUGUGAGCCCUGGUGAAGUCAUUGAAGAUGCAUAUGGUGGUGAGGGUGGUGAAGCUUGUGAAAUACCAGUAGAGGUGAAGCCUAAAGCACGCCUCUUACGCAGCUCCUUCCGUCGUGGUCCCAGAGUGAUUGGUGCCAGCUUCAAAUCCACUGGGUCUGUAGACCUGGAAUACACAGCAGAAUAUGAGCGUCUUCGUAAAGACUAUGACAUUUUCAGAGUCAGCAAGAAUAAUGAGAUCGCAUCCAUGCAAAAGAAAGAAGCCAAGUUGGAUGAAGAAAACAAGCGACUGCGUGCUGAGCUACAGGCUUUGCAGAAAACCUACCAGAAGAUCCUGCGUGAGAAAGAAAGUGCUCUGGAGGCAAAGUAUCAAGCCAUGGAGAGGGCCUCUACAUUUGAGCAUGACCGAGACAAGGUCAAGCGACAGUUCAAGAUAUUUCGUGAAACAAAAGAGAAGGAAAUCCAGGAUCUGUUGCGAGCAAAGCGAGAUUUGGAGUCAAAGCUGCAGCAUUUACAGGCUCAAGGUGUCCAGGUCUAUGUCCCUGAAGAUUCUGACUCUGAUGAAAACCAAACAACAGUGGCUGCUGGUGGCAUGCAGUGUGAAUACUGGAAUGGAGGUGUGCUUGGCAGUGAGCCCUCUAUGGGGAGUAUGAUGCAGCUCCAACAGAGCUAUCGGGGGCCAGAGUUUGCUCAUAGUUUGAUGGAUGUGGAGGGACCCUUCGCUAAUGUUAGCAGAGAUGACUGGGAUGCAGCUGUCGUGAGCCUGCUGCAUGUGUCUCCUCAUAUUUCUAAAGGCCUGUGGAGCAACACCGUGCGUUGCUAUCUCAUUCACACAAAGGAUACAAGAGAAGAGCUCCAUCACUUUAUAGAGAUGUAUUCCCCCAAAUUGCAGAGGCUUUGCGAGCACUUGGGCCACUUCUAUCUGAAUGUAUACUUUCCUGAAAACACAGCAAGUGCUGCAGAACGCCAACGAGAGAUGGAGAGGAGCUCAGUGUGUGUGUUACUACUUAAACCCUCUGUUAACAGUCUCUGUAGCUAUGUGGUAGAGGACACAGAGGAGGCCUUUGUCAAAACCCCAGACUCCAGGCCUCUCCUGUUGUAUCUUCGAACAGCAGAGGGGAAGGUUGCCAUCAGUGGGACGACCAGAGAACUGUUGGAAAGGAUCAAUAAAGCAGACACAAAUGCAAAGAUUAAGGUUGUGGACCACACUGGAUCUUCAGAGGAUGGUGCUGCUCUGAUCUACCAUCAGCUGGAUGAAAUAAUUAAGCAGGAGUUGUUGGGUUUGAAGUCAAUUGAUGAUCAUGAUUAUGUUGAGGAGGACCAAGUGGUGGAAGCAAGUGAUGUUCUGUGGGAUGAACAUGAUGAACAGGAACAGAUAGAAACAUAUCAGAAAAUAUGCAGCACUGCAACCCACGUUAACUUUGAUAAGUAUAUUACUCGUCUGAAUGAUCUGGUGGCAGCCCCGCCUCCCACUCCCCCUCUGCUGGUGUCUGGUGGACCAGGUUCUGGAAAAUCUGUCUUGCUUGCAAAAUGGAUUGAGUUGCAGCAAAGACACUCUCCCAACACAGUAAUUCUCUAUCACUUUGUUGGUCGGCCAUCUUCUACAAGUGCAGAGCCAGUGCUCAUCAUCAGGCGCCUCACUGUCAAGCUGUUACAGAAUGUCUGGUCCAUCUCAGGGCUUGCCAUGGACCCAUGCAAGGUCCUGGAAGACUUUCCUCGCUGGUUGGAACGUUUAUCACCACGUCGUCAUGGCAACAUUAUUAUUGUCAUUGAUUCUGUUGACCAAAUACAGAAUGCAGAGCGAAACAUGAAAUGGCUGAUUGACCCUCUACCUGCUAAUGUUAGAGUGCUGGUGUCGGUCAAUGUGGAGACCUGCCCACAGGCUUGGAGACUGUGGCCUACAAUACACCUAGUCCCACUGAGCAGCAAAGAGAUGAAGAGCAUGAUUACAAUGCAUUGCAUUACAGCUGGGAUUAAACUUGGCAAAGAACAGGAGAGGAAAUUGGAGACACACUGUAAAUCUGCGGCUACUUGUAAUGUGCUCUAUAUUUCCAUUUUGGUCAGACUUUUAACAGACAGUAGGAUCAGCUGGUCAUUGGAGGAGACUAUUCUGCAGUGUGUAAUGUGCCAUGACACAGUGUCACUGUUUCGAUUUUGCCUGAGGAUGAUGCUAGGCUCACUAAGGACAGAUCAAGAGAGAAACGUUAUGAAACAGUUGCUUUGUUUAUUGUAUGCCAGUCAUAAUGGUGUCAGUGAAUCAGAGUUGUUGGAACUAUUACCAGAAUUGGCCUUUCCCACCCUCUGCUCUAUGCUGUUCAGACUGGAAUAUCUGCUGAUCCUGACUCUAGAUUGUGGUAUCAUCCACUUCCGACACUUACAGGCAGGUCUUGCUGCAGGCCUCCUGUUCCUCGCUGUAAUGUGCCUCAUACAGGCAUGUGAUGCAGUCAGACUUGAACUGAUGGAUGGAGGGCUAACUAUCUCUAUACACAGAGAAAGGCUAAUCCACCAUUUCAGCCAUCAGCUCAGUCAACACAGGGUAACGUGGCGUGUAGCUGAUGAGCUGCCAUGGUUGUUACAGCAACAAGAGGAUAAGUCAAAUCUCCAACUGAGUCUGCUGAACUUAUUUGUCUCUCAGAAUCUCUACAAGAGGGGGCAUUUUUCAGAGUUGUUGACCUACUGGCAGUUUGUAGGAAAGGAUAAGGUAUCCAUGGCAACAGAAUACUUUGAGUCCCUGAAGUGCUAUGAGCAAACCUGUGAGACUGAGGACAGCAUGAGAAGACUAGCCAACUUGUAUGAAACACUUGGCCGUUUUCUCAAGGAUCUUGGUCUACUUACUCAGGCAGUAGCUCCUCUGCAGCGUUCCCUGGAGAUCCGCGAGACAGCUUUGGAUCCAGACCAUCCAAGUGUUGCACAGUCUCUACACCAGUUAGCUGGAAUCUAUGUUCUGUGGAGAAAGUUUGGAAAUGCAGAGCAACUCUACAAGCAGGCACUGGAGAUCAGUGAAAGUGCUUAUGGUCCAGAACAUGGUUCAGUUGCACGAGAACUUGAUUGCCUUGCCCUGCUUUACCAAAAGAAGAACAAGUAUGAACAGGCUGAUAAGUUGAGAAAAAGGUCUGUCAGGAUUCGUCAAAAAAUGGCUCACCAAAAAGGCCAUAUGUAUGGAUUUACUUUGUUACACCGACGGACUUUGCAGUUGGAGGAGCUGACACUGGGAAAAGACACUGCUGACUGUGCUAAAACCCUCAACGAACUAGGUGUUCUCUACUACCUACAGAAUAAUUUGGAUACAGCUAAAAUGUUCCUGACUCGUUCUCUGGAGAUGCGGCAGCGUGUACUAGGGCCAGAGCACCCAGACUGUGCCCAGUCACUCAACAACCUAGCAGCACUGCACUGCGAAUGCCAUGAAUAUGAAAGUGCAGAGGACCUUUAUGAGCAGGCCCUGGAUAUCCGCAAGCGGGCCCUUGCUCCAGACCAUCCCUCCCUGGCCUACACUAUUAAGCAUCUUGCCAUACUAUACAAACGAAGGGGUAAGCUGGAGAAAGCGGUUCCUCUAUAUGAACUGGCACUGGAGAUUCGUGAAAAGAGUUUUGGGCUGAAGCACCCCAGUGUGGCCACUGCAUUGGUCAACCUGGCAGUCCUUUACUGCCAACUGAAAAAGCACAAUGAAGCACUGCCCCUAUAUGAGCAAGCCCUAAGAGUGUAUGAGGAUAGUCUGGGGAUUUCCCACCCUCGUGUUGGAGAAACAUUGAAAAACCUUGCAGUGCUCAGCUAUGAGAAAGGCGACUUUGAGAAGGCUGCUGAGCUCUAUAAGCGUGCAAUGGAAAUAAAAGAUGCAGAACCAUCACUGGUCUGUGGCAAAGCUGCAUCUGUCCACUCUUUCAACGGUGACACUUUCAGCCUCAGAAGCCCUAGCUUCCACCCUCACACACUCAAGUGACAUUUACCUUCGGCCUACAGCCAACUUGAGUCAACAGACUCAAGUGGAAUUGUCACUAGCUAUAAUUUUUAUGUAAAACUAUAUUUAUCUUCUGUCCAGUAAUGAUGUGAAAUAUUUGACAUUGGGCCCUAAUUUCUCAGUGCAAAGUCUAUUCAACAAGCAAAAUUCUUGUGCAUUAACUGCAGGUAUUAAAUUGGCAAAUUGAGGGAUGCUGGGGCACAACUGGUUACAUUUCCGGAUCCACCAUUAGUGUAGCCAACGUAGCUAGUGUAGUGGUCAUAUAGGAGUUGUCAAAGUUGAAUUACCAUGUCAAGCAUAGGAAAUGUAAAACAUACAUACACAUAUUAUUUAUUACAUGAACGAUUUGCAGCUAAUGAUGAACACUCUCUGCCUAUCUUAUGUGGCUCCAUUAAAAAGGCAGUGAGUCAGUUAAGAUGGAAGAUUUUCUAUGCAUAUUUUUAUAGUCAUCUCGGGUCUCAUUUUACACUUCAUCAGAUUUUUCUGACAUGAUGGCACACCAUUCCGUUGAAAUACAUAUGGGUUGUAUGCAAACACCUUGUUUCACACCUGCAUGCUUGUCUGAAGGGUCAUGGGCUGUUUUAUGGUUUUGUUGAAUUGGUUAGAACUAAGGCCACAGCAUGUAAUAUUACAUGCUUUUGUACACAUGUGUACUUACAGUAGAAUAUUUGUCAGUGUUUCAUGUAUAGUAAUAUUAUGUAAUAAAUAAAGACUUUAUUGA